CAACUGACAUUGCUCGAGUUUAUUAUUUCCAUUGAAUUUGUUAUUUUCAUAUGGUUGCUUUUUUGAUGGGCAGUAGUGCGGGAGUUAGACGGCCGGCCGUUUAUACAAUUGUGUAAGAAUUGAGAAUAAUAAGAACUGUACGCGACUUCUCAAAUCGAGUUCGUAAUGAAUUUGGGCUCUUUUGGUCCAUGGCAGUUGAAGCGCCAGCUGGGACUGGGCGGCUUUGGUGAUGUUCACCUAUGGCAGAACUUGGAAACCGGGCAAGAGAUUGCAACAAAGAGUUUGAAGGAAAAUGCCAAUCUCAGCCAGGAUGAAAUCGUCAAACUCCAGCAACGUUGGCAGCAAGAGCGGGAAUGGAUGACGCAAUUGCAAGCUCCUUACAUAGUGCGCGGUUUGAAUGAUCUGGUUGAACCACAGUUUAUCGCAUACCUCACAGAACGCCAUGCCUGGCGACCACUACAGCCUAUCGUCAUGGAAUACUGCAACGGCGGUGACUUACGCGCACAAUUACAAUUGGUGCAAAACAUCAAUGGGUUGGCGGAGUUCAAGGUACGCGAGAUAUUGCAUGCGCUUCGUCAUGCCAUUGAGUUUUUGCACACAAAAUGUCGCAUCGAACAUCGAGAUCUCAAGCCGGAUAAUGUGGUCAUUCAUAAUGCGACGGAUGGGCGCCGGAUCUAUAAGCUCACUGAUUUCGGCUUCGCCCGUAACAUUACUGAAAAUACUAUGCUAAAAAGUAUUGUUGGCACCCGCAACUAUGUUGCACCAGAAGUCUUGGAUACGGCCCACUAUAAGAAUACCGUAGACUAUUGGUCGCUGGGUAUAAUUGCAUUCGAAUUGAUGUGUGGCAAUUUGCCAUUCAUACCACAUCAACAGCUGUAUGAUAUAGUAACAAAUAUACGUAAGAAAAAAGAGAAAUGCAUUGCUAUUACGGAGGACAUAAAUGAACUGAAAUAUGUUUUCCAUGAGAAAAUGCCAAUUGAGAAUCGCAUGAGUAAAGUAUUUUUAACUAAUAUUGAAGAUUGGUUAACUAUAGCAUUAGAUCAGAAUUACCACACGCGCGGUACGCGACUAGUACCGGAAACCAAGGAGCGUGUCCUUACAUUUUAUACCGAUUUGGAUCGUAUUUUGGCACAAAAAGUAUUGACGGUUUUCGUUUUACCCACUUUGAAAUUUUAUGCAUGGGAACUCACAGAACAGAUGACACUUUUAGAUUUUAGAGAGCUUGUCAAGAGAGACACCGGCAUAGAAGAUAUGUUUUGUAUUUUCCCGACUGGCCAUCCCAGAACAGUGCUUUCUCACACCUACAGGGCGAUCGACUUUUUCGUCGAAGAAUGGCAAAAUAAUCGUGAUAGCGAUAGUCCGCCAGCGAUGCUGUAUAUAGAUGACAUGAAAUGCAGAGAAUACCAGGUAACGCAGCCGGAAAUUCCAGUCAAUUUAAAAAAAUAUUUGAAUGCCCGAAAAGAAAUACCAAAUUGGCUGUUGAGAACUAUCGAACAAAGUACACAUUUUAUGCUUGGUAAUGAGCAGCUCCAACUAGAAGCAUUUGUUAGUGGUUUGAAAGAAUAUGCUCUGACCAUGGAGCACGAAAUAUUCCAGUUCGAUGCAGAAGAGAAGGGAAGACCUUUGCAACAAUAUUUCACAGCGCUCACCGACAUGCAUGGUCGUGUAGAACAAUUUUGCAUGAGCGUAGAAGCGGCACAGCGGGCGUGCUUGACGCAGAUUGGAAAUUGCGACAAUUUCUUCAACCAAUGGUGGGCGAAAGCGUGGAAAUUUAAAGAAGAUAUCGCUACUUUGAAUGGACUUAAGACCAAGGUCAGCCGUUACUAUAAAUCUGGAUUGCGGCGUGCCAAAGAAAUGGCAGUAAAUCCAUUUUUCGACCAGCUAAAGAAUAAAGACGCAUAUAAGCUCCUGGAGUUUAGACGUCAUCUUGAAACAGUGCAGAAAGUCAGAGUUAAUGAAAAGGAGCGCUUAGAGGCUUGCAAAACAGCUGUGUACGCGUGCCUAGGUGAAAGAGAAAAUGCUUUAAAGAGUCCGCACUUAAAAUUUGCCUACUCCGACAUUAGUUCAGUGAAUCAGGAGUUCUUGAAGUUACGAAAUAUUGUCGAUAAUAGUUUGCGUCAAUUAGAGGAAAUGGGAAACAAUUUAACGCAAAGUACUAUAGAUUUUCACACCAAAAUUAUUGACAUUUACAAAGGUGGUAAAGUACAAAGUACCAAAUUAGCACAGGAUGGAGUGUCAACGAAAUUCCUUAAUGGCAAUGCAGACGUAGAGAACAGCAUUAGCGAACUUCUUCACUAUCCUGUUACGCCCUUGAUCGAAGAAGUGACUGGAAUGAUAGUGCAAAUGGACAUUGAAGAAGAUAUGAAUAAAAACAAUGAUCUGCCGGCUACCAUAAAUGAGUGAGCCGCAUUACAAACUACAAAGUUUCUAAAUAUAUUGCCAGAAAGCCUAUCAAUAGCAUUUGCAAUAUAUGUUUGUACAUGUAUACAUACAUAUGUAUGUAUGUAUAUAUUUUUUGACAAUACUAUUUAAGUAAAGCAUGACUGAUUGUGAUAACAAAUUCAUUUGUUACGUGUUACGUUAAUGUUACUUAUUGUUAUACAUGUAUAUGUAAGGAUUAUACGAGUAAAUUUUA